AUGCCGGAGCUGCUGCGUCGCAGCAGCGAUGGAGGCGGCUUAAAAAGACGGAAACAAAAGAAAUACUACGUUUUGAUAAUCCUUCUCUCCGCGAUUUCAUUCUGGUUCACCGCGUUGAUUCGUGUUUCCAAUCGAAUGCCAACCGGUGAAGCCUCGUAUCAGUUGAGCGAUUUAGACGUUUACGAUAUCGACGAAUCCGACUUUGUGGAAAGUAGUAGUAAGAGUGGAAGUGGAACUUCCGUGUACGAUGACGUGGAGGAGAACGAAGACGACGAAGACUGGCGAGUAUCGGUGGAGGAGAAAGCGGAGGAGAAACCGUAUUUGCGCGACUUUGUCUUCGACGAAGACGAUUUGUUCAUCUCCCAAGAGAACCACAAAAGAAUACGAGAAAAAGACGCGUUCGCUUCGCAAAAUGUAGUCAAUCGGGUGUUACCAGAACAAAGCCCGAAGAUUAUACACAAAUCGUGCGCAUUAGUUGGAAAUUCUGGGAUAUUAAAACGCACUCAGUUUGGGAAAUCGAUCGAUAAACACGAGGCGGUGAUGCGCGUGAACCAAGCGCCGGUGAAAGGCUACGAGAAAUACGUCGGCUCGAAAGUCACGUAUAGGAUGUUGAACAAUAAGUGGACGACGGUGUAUUAUGAAGACGGCGUCUCAAAUACGGAUGUUCCAGGCGGUACGAGUAAUUUAGCGAGGUAUUUAUUAGCGCAAGAGCCGAGUAAUGUGACGUUUAUCGUCUCGAGAGCGACGACGAAACAGUUUGAAACUUUUUCGCAAACCGUCGCGAAGAGAAGGAGCGAGAUGAAGAAACCGUUGUUAUUGUCCUCCCGUGUGGUUUCGGGAGCGAGAACGGCGUUGAUUGGAUUCAGAGAUUUUGAGAAGAAUCGUGCAAAAUAUAGCGAGGAAGAAUUAACGCCGUCUUCGGGCCUUCUAGGCGUGUAUUUGUUGUUGAACUUGUGCAAAAGAGUUUCCGUGUACGGAUUUUCCUUGGAUGACUCGAGAAAGACGAAUGAUAUGAAAGCGGAAGGGUUACGAUAUCACUAUUUCAAGAAGUAUGCGGAUUCAGAGCGUUUGUUGGCGCAUCCGCACCAUAACUUUAAGAUGGAAGGGGAUAUUUUGAGAGCGUUGGUGGAAGCGAACGUGGUGACUUUGUGCACGAAGGAGAAAGACUCCGCCGAAUCGACGUGUUGA